UAUUAAACUAAUCAAAAUUUCUUUGACCAAAAAUCCCUUGAUGCUCCCUUCGUAUUUUACCACUGCUUUCAAUUUUGGCACGUAAAGACGGUGUUUCUUUUUUUUAACUGUGAAUUUCUUUUUCCAGGCUGACUGCAGUGGAUGGGCGCCCCAGUGGUUUUUGCAAUUGAUUUGCCAAAAAUUGAAUUUCUCGGAUGAAAGAAAGUCGGAAAGAGCACUCGUCCCAAAAUUUCGAGCCGCUCCGUGCCAGGCGGCGCUCCACUCAUCCUCGGCAAGUCGACUGUGUCUCACAUUGGGCUGACUGCAGAGGAUGGGCGCCCCAGUGGUUUUUGCAAUUGAUUUGCCAAAAAUUGAAUUUCUCGGAUGAAAGAAAGUCGGAAAGAGACCUCGUCCCAAAAUUUCGAGCCGCUCCGUGCCAGGCGGCGCUCCACUCAUCCUCGGCAAGUCGACUGUGUCUCACAUUGGGCUGACUGCAGAGGAUGGGCGCCCCAGUGGUUUUUGCAAUUGAUUUGCCAAAAAUUGAAUUUCUCGGAUGAAAGAAAGUCGGAAAGAGACCUCGUCCCAAAAUUUCGAGCCGCUCCGUGCCAGGCGGCGCUCCACUCAUCCUCGGCAAGUCGACUGUGUCUCACAUUGGGACUCACUCCCUGCCUCACCCCUUCCAACUCUGCUCCCCAACCGCUGUGCCAAGUAUUAUUAAACAAAUUAAAAUUUUUUUGGCCAAAAUUCCCUUGAUGCUCCCUCCGUCUUUUUGGACGCCUCACAUGUUCAUAUAAGAUUUUUGCUCAAAAUUAAUUUUCAUUGGUUAAACAAGUUGGACUGAGCAUUUGUUUGUUUUUGAAGCUAGUGUUUAUAAAUAAAUUUCAGCAAGAAAAGUAUUAAUCCUUUUUGGUUUAUUGUUUUUUAUUUGAUAAAUUUCAUAACAUAUUAUUUAUUUGAUUUCUUGUACCGUAUAAAUAUCUUCAACCGUGAAACAGAUUCUAAGGUUUGACCAGUUAACCUGGUCCUGUGAAACAUCUAAUAAAUGAGUCUAAUCACAAUAAUUUUGUUUUGUUCAUCAAAUGAAAAAUUUUAUUCUUAUUGCUGGAUGCGAUACACUUCCUGUACAAAUUGAGGAAGCAAGUUUUCUUGGUACACUUUAUGUAAUACAUCCAUCUUUCUGUUGAUGAAAGAAUGAUUUCUGUAAAUCACAAAGUAUUCAAUGUCUAUGGGUGGAACAAAAAGCACAAGGAAUGCUUUUUCAAUAUUUGAGAUCAGUAGUUGUGCUUGAAUUUGACUGUAGUAUGGAUGAUUCUCUUUCAAAAAGGGCUUUCCAUUCUUAUCAAGAUUAAUGUAAAAGUCUUUAUCUUUGAAUUUCAGUUUAAGUGACUUCUUACGAAUGAAGGGAUUGUAGGGACAUUUGAUUUCAACCAAGAAAAGCUCGCCGUCGAUGGAAAUUAGUCUGUCAGGAGAGGCACCUGUAAAGGAGAAAUUUGGAUGGACGAGAAGGCCAAUGGAUGAGUGGGCUUCUAUUUUCAGUGAGUCUCGGUCGUUUGCAACAUUGAGGAACUUGUGGAAUGCCUCUUCUUCAAAACGAAUAUCAUGUUGGACAGAGGAGCUGGUGAAGAACUUUCUUUUGCCCGCAAACCUCUUCCAUGCAUCUGUUCUAGCAUUUUCACUAGCGAGGCUGUGAACCUGAGUCGCUGUGAUUCUGUGGAGCCUAGCCUUGUACCAGUGCUUGCUUUGACUCUGGAAACGUGUGUUUCUCUCAAUCUCUCUACUCUUUGGCCAAUCAACUAAAAUGAAGUCUCUCAAAAAUGUUAGCUCGUACUCAUUAUUUGGAACGAUACUUUUUGAGUAACUAGCUUUCUCCAUUAUCUCAAACAGUUUGUCCACCAGGACUUCUUGUGAUUGCUCAUUGCUUAAAAUUCUGCUUGCUUUUGUUUUGUACUCAUUGGCUUCAAGGUUUUUCAGAACGGGAGGGUCAAAUCCAACACGCCGUAAACUUGAGGCAAGAUCCAUGACCCUCGAAGAUGGUAAAGUAGCACGUCCAGAAGGGAGUAGUUGGUGUCUAGCAAUUUCUGCACCAAGAGGCUGGACAAAUCUCCCGGCUCGGCUUUCGUCAUGCCUGACAAAGUUGAUCUCUGAAAAUAGCAGAGGCUCAUCGUUCGUAGGCUUCAUAGCAUGCCAUAGUUGGAGUUUGCCUAUGGGGAAAUAUUUGUUAACAAUUUUAUUUUAUAAGAAUCUUUCAAAAUACCAGUUGGAGUUGGAGUGUCAAAAUCGCCAUCGAGAACCUCUGUCCCUAAUUGUGCACAGCUCCAAAUUUUGUAUUGAAGAGCAAUGGAAUGCUUGCACAUUCCAUCAGUGCCAGCAGGGCAGUUGCAUAAGCCCCAAAUACGCUUACUUCGACGGCCUUCAUUUGCAGGAUAAAGUUUGUAUGCUACAAAUGCAUUAUAGCCUAGUUUUGUUUUCUGAGUUGCUUCAACUACUGCCUUGAACCAUGCUGUUUUAUUUUGCAGGCAGGUUUGCAAUGUGGUUACAUGUCCUUCCAUGAACAGAGUGAAUCCCUCUCUGUGAUGUCUGCUGGAUUUUUCAUAUGAAUUUCCAAUGUCUUCUUGGGAAAUAUUAAUUUCGACGGGAAAAUUAACACCCCAGUUAUCAUUGGGAACAAUCCUGUCCCAGAUAGUCUGCAGAGCUGAAAAAUUGUAUGCACUCUAAAAAUCAAUAAUAUUCAAGAAAAAUUACAUACCAGCAGCAGAGGGGUCCGAUUGAAACUUUUCAACAGUUUCCGUACAGCAGUAACAUCUCCAAAAGCCUUCCAAUUGAACAAUUUCAGCUUCUUCCGUGUCCAAACAAGCUUCAUGUAUUGCUUCUGGACAUAAUUCGCACUCUAGAUGUUCUUCUGUGAUUUCAGUCGAGCACUUCCAGCAACGCAUUCUUGGUUCUUAGGUAUUGUGUAAGUUGCAUUACAGAACGAUCCACGUGCUCACAGCUCAGAUACAUACAAGACUAUGAUGGGAUAAGUAUUUUUAAAAAUCAGCGCCGUUAUCCGCCCACUUUAAAUCAUGCGCAUCAACGCGUUUCUUCUUGAUGCGCAUAGUUCAGAAGUUUUGAUUGAUUUUCUUGCUCUCUUGAAGUAGUAGUGUCUGUGCAAGAAGGGCAAAGGAAUGUCUGUGUAUGUUCCUGUCUCUUUUGUGAAACAGCCUUGCUCUUGUUGGUUUCCGCAUUCCAGUUAUGAUUAACUGCGCGUUACUCACAAACACAUUUUGAGGCGCAAGCCGCUGCAAAUUCUAGAUUAUCCUGUAUUAUAGGAUUGAGUAAGUGUGCACUACUUUUGUUUUUAUUCAUGUUCUGAUUUCUGCCAAUUCCUUCAGCAUGGGUUACUCAGUGUGCGGCCUUUGUCUCCAAGACUCACGGAUUUGCAGUGGACUCACAUUUCACAGAGCAACUACAAAAAGAAAGAAAUCUUUGUGGUCGAAAGCUGUGAAGGAUGCUGGCUUUAUGGUCCUUCAUGUUGGCAAUUUGAUUGUUUGCAGCGAUCAUUUCUUAGAAGAGGACUUUGUCAGAAGUGGCAACAGAGUUUUUCUCAAGGAUGACGCUGUCCCUCAAGCGUUCUCCGGUUGCAUCCAACUAAAGAAUGAUGUGAGUGGCAGUACCAACCACCAGACGCAGGGCUUUGAAAAGGUGGAAGACUCUCCUCUGCCAAAACCAAAUCAUGCAGAGGCCAGAUCUUGGCCAUGUGAAGAGGACAUGGGCCGUCAUUCCCAACAUAUGCAGAUUUUGGAAUCAUUUAGUGAAGUCCAACAGAGCAGCUCAGAAGAAAUUAAUUUGCAAAUAUGCUCUGAAGAAAACAACACAGAAUCUGUAAAUCAACUUCUGAGCUCUUGCAAUUUAAAGCUUAAUGAAAAUGAUGAUUUUGUGACGUUGUGUGCUAAUGAUGACUCGACCAGCAGUUCACAAGGAGAGCAGCUUUGUACCAGCAGUCCUGCACCAGCACCUCCAUUCACAUUAUUUGGAACUCCAGAAAAUGAUUUGGCUCACCAAGUUCAAGAUUCAAACCUCCUGUGCACACCGGCUGUAGUUCCCAGAAAAAGAAAACUCAAUUUCGAUUCUACGAUUGAUUUGAGCUCAAAUAUGCAAAACAAAGAAACUUAUGCAUUUGAUGAAUCCAUCCUGUUAAGAAGCGGAGAAAUAGAAAUGAGCAAAGAAGACGAAGAAGAAAAUUACCAAAGCGAUUCCUCCAGUGAAGCCUCGCAGCUGCAAGAAGACGAUUUUGACACUCCUACACAAACUACGUCUGCUUUAAGAAGGAAGGCUGACGGAUUGCUGUUGAAAUCAAGACUUCUUAUGAAGAAGAAACUAGAAUCAAGCUUCGGUAUCCUCCGUUUUGUUGAAGAUACCGACGCUAUCAAGUUUUACACCGGCUUCAGAGAUUACGAUGUUUUUUACUGCUUCUACCAGUUCUUUAUUGAAGAUGCAAAUACCAUGAAUUAUCUAGGCAGCAAAGCGAAAACGCACGAUUCAGAUAAAGAUCUUGGUAAAUUUAGGGUUCCUAAAAUGACGAAGACUGACGAGUUCUUCAUGACCAUGAUCCGUCUGCGUAGAGGCUAUGAAGUAAAACACCUAGGGCACCUUUUUGGAAUCAGCCCGGGGCGCACAUCCCGUAUCAUAAACACAUGGCUCCUAUUAAUGGCUGAUAGACUCUCUCAAAUUGAAUUCUGGACACCAGAAGCACCAAGCAACCCAAUGCUCAUCCCGAACCCAUUAAAGGAUAGGCUGAAGAAGAUAAUUACUAUCGUAGAUGCCACAGAGAUCUACACCGAGAGACCAAGUGCAUCUCAGGCACAAAAGGAAAUUUUCUCUUCUUACAAGAACCACGUCACUGGAAAAAUGCUUGUGGCAAUUGAUACAAAUGGAACCAUUACUUUUGUAUCACGUGUCUAUGCUGGCCGAACAUCAGACAAAAAGCUUUUCCAGCACUGCGGGAUCAUGGAAAAACUGAGAACAGGUGACAUUGUGAUGGCUGAUCGAGGCUUCGAUAUUGCAAAAGUUCUCGAAAAAAAGGGAGUGGAAGUCCUGAUCCCCGAUUUCUUGAAGAAUAAGGAGCGUUUCAGUUCUGAAGAAUUAAGGAACAGUGAGAGAAUUGCUGAAAUUAGGGUUCAUGUCGAAAGGGCAAUUAGAAAAAUAAAAGAAUUUCACAUUCUGGAUAACACAAUCCCAAUCACUCUCAUGCCAAUGAUUGACAGGAUUUGGAUCUGCUGUGCCACAUUGGCGAAUUUCACAGGCACAGGUUAUCUAGUCAAACCUUAGGAUAUGUUUCGAUCAUAGUUGAAGAUAUUUAUACUGAACAAUAAUUCAAAUAAAUAAUAUGUUAUGAAAUUUAUCAAAUAAAAAACAAUAAACCAAAAAGGAUUAAUACUUUUCUUGCUGAAAUUUAUUUAUAAACACUAGCUUCAAAAACAAACAAAUGCUCAGUCCAACUUGUUUAACCAAUGAAAAUUAAUUUUGAGCAAAAAUCUUAUAUGAACAUGUGAGGCGUCCAAAAAGACGGAGGGAGCAUCAAGGGAAU